UGUAAAUAAUUUAUAGUUUAAAUCCCAUUUCAUAAUUUAUAAAAUAUUCAAUAUUAAAAUAUUCCCAUGGAAUAUAUAACGUUAUUGGAAUACAAUUGACCUCGUCCUCUUAAUUUGAAGGACUGUCGUGUAAUUUGUUUAGGUAUGUCUGUUUGGUCAGCCAGUACUGUCGGCAAUAAUCAUCACUGCAAGCCUCCGAGCAGUCGCUACAGUUCUUCUAAAAAUUGGUGUCCAAAUCUGACUAAGCACAAGUGUGUCAUGUCGGGUGAAACACCAAUACAGUCGGGGGAUGCAUUACAUACACCAGCGUACCUUUCCUGGCGGAAGCUGCAACUCAGCCGAGCAAAACUUAAAGCAUCAAGCAAGACUUCAGCCCUUCUCUCCGGUUUUGCCAUGGUAGCAAUGGUUGAAGUCCAAUUGAAUCCGCCGUCUCAGACCAAAGUACCCCCUGCUAUGCUGGUAGCUUUCACUGUUUGUACCACUUUGUUGGUAGCAGUCCACAUGCUGGCCCUCAUGAUCAGCACCUGCAUACUCCCAAACAUAGAAGCAGUCGGCAAUCUCCACAGCAUAUCACUAGUCCACGAAUCUCCACACGAAAGGCUACAUUGGUAUAUCGAAAUCGCUUGGGCGUUUUCAACCUUGCUCGGCUUAAUUUUGUUUCUAGUUGAGAUAGCCAUACUUUGCUGGGUGAAGUUCUACGAUCUGAGUGAAACGGCCGCGUGGUCAGCCUGCGUCGUAUUAAUACCGGUUAUGAUAGUAUUUUUAGCGUUCGCGAUCCAUUUCUAUAUGUCGCUAGCUACGCAUAAGUAUGAAGUGACAGUCACAGGUAUUAAAGAAUUGGAGCUGCUCAAAGAACAAAUAGAACUAGGUGAUCAUGACUCGAGGAUGAAUAAUCUAACACUUUUAGACCAGAAUAGGGCUGUCUGAUCGUUAACUGUUAUUAUAUAUACGUGUAUAUAUUCAAAAUAAGUUUUUUUUUUUUUAUAAUAGACGGAGUAAUGAGAAAUGUAUUUUAAAUUAUAUAUUUAUGUUUUAAUACGAUUGCCUUAAUUUGGUGCGAUUAAUCGUUUGUGAAUUACUAAGAAUUUUUUACCGUAAUUAUGCUAAUAACGAGUACUUAUCAGCACGUACUUAUUGGGUGCCAAUGUAUUGCACAAUUACAAAUAUCAUACCUUGAAAAUAUUAUAUUAAGCAAUGGUUAGAUUAUUAUCGUUAAAUUUACGAGUAUAUUUAUAGAGCGUGAAGAAUAAUUAAAUCUGUUUAUAUCACUAGAUAUAGACGAAAACAAAAAGUCAAAUAAACAGAUAAAAUAAAGAUUUGGAAAUCAUAUCAAAACUUAGGAUCGUGAUAUAGCGCCCGGCAAAUAAUUACCUUCGAUUAGAAACAUAAUUAAAAAAAAAACAAUGACAUGUCUAGUAAAUAGUAAUAGAAUUGUAAUUAUAUAGAAAAAACACGUUGAACCUGAAUCUCUGUGGAAUUAAAAAAAUGCUAUUUGUCCAUAUAUUUUAAUCGAAAUAGCGUUAAAUAACAAGAUUGCUCAAAAAUACUUUGAAAUUCAGGGAUUUUGUUUAAUAUAUACAUAGUUUUAAGUUUUCAUAUUAUUAUGGUUUGACAAUAUGUAUUAAGUAGGUAUUUGUAAAUCGUGACUAUAAAAUUGUAACACGAUGUUUGUUGUCGGUCUUAUCGAUAUGCUUCGACUAAAUAAAUAACUACGGUUAUGUAAAGGUAGAACUCGCUUGGUUCAAAUUUUCAAAUGAUUUUUUUUUUACCUAUGGACUGUAGUUAGCAAAAUAUAUAUCGAUUAAAAAAUGUAAUACAGAACAUAGAAUAGUUUUUUUUUUUUUAUUGUUAUCGCAAAUGUGAUUAAUAUUUCAGCCGUAUAUUAUCACGUACGCAGAAUAAAUGCGCGCCACGGAGACGCAAAUAUUAAAACGUUUAUCAUUCAUAUCUGCUAUGAUAUUGUUUUAUUAUUCAAAUGAGAAUGUGUCGUUGAAACCAUCUCUAUUCCUUUGUUUCCGAUAUUGAGUAAGUGAGACUGAGCUUAUAGAGAACAGUAUUGUUUUUAAGUGCACGAUUUAUUAAACGUCGCGUCGUAAUAAUUCAACAGAAACACGUCACUGAGCAAGGCAACGCUAAACUUUGUCCGAAUACGAACAAAAAGUUUAACAGAAAGUAUACCCGAUUCAACAAGAAUAAUAAUAUUAUUAUGUAAUUUACACUAAUCAGUGCCUCAAAAUUUAUCAAGUUCUGUAAAAUAU